UUAAAUAUGGCGGCGGAAACGAAUUUCACAUGCGAUAUUUAGACGUUUUUCCCGAAUGUUUUUAAUGGCAGACUUUAUUUUAAGUAAAGAUGUCAAAAGUAGCACAUAAUUUACAAGAUAAAGCAAGAACUGGAGAUAUUCAAAUAACAGAAAGUGUUGACUUUGGAAGUUUAUUGCUGUCUGACAAUGUUCUAAAAGGUCUGAAAAAUUCAGGGUUUGUUAGACCGUCACCGAUACAGUUGAAAGCGAUUCCGCUUGGAAGAUGUGGUCUUGAUUUGAUUGUUCAAGCGAAGUCAGGUACUGGAAAAACUUGUGUGUUCUCUGUGAUAGCAUUAGAAAGUACUGUGACAGAUACUGUAUCAACACAGGUAUUGGUGUUGGCUCCAACAAGAGAGAUAGCUGUCCAGAUCUGGGAGGUGAUCAACAGUAUAGGGAGUGCCAUUAAGGAACUAGAGUGCCAAACAUUCAUUGGAGGUCUGCCACUCCAGGAAGAUAGAAUUAAACUGAAGAAAUGUCACAUUGCAGUCGGCACUCCAGGUCGUAUAAAGCAGCUUAUAGAAGGCGGUGUAUUGAAGACUGACAGCCUUAGACUGUUCAUUCUUGAUGAAGCAGAUAAACUACUGGAGGAAAGUUUCCAAGAACAAAUCAACUGGAUUUAUUCCACUCUACCAGAGAACAAGCAGAUGUUAGCAUUGUCUGCUACCUAUCCUGAGUACCUUGCAGAACAUCUCACUGCUUACAUGAGAAAUCCAACGUUCCUACGUCUCAACAUCUCAGAUCCUGCACUCCUAGGCAUUCGUCAGUACUACCAGACUGUAGCUUAUCAUCCCUUGUCACAUGUUAUAUUUGAAGAGAAGUGCAAGGUUCUCAGCAACAUCCUUUCCUCUGUCAGCUUCCAACAGUGCCUGGUGUUCUCAAACCUUCAAACCAGAGCACAGACUCUAGCUGAUUCCUUGACAAGUCGUGGAUGGCCAACUGCUUGUAUAGCAGGUUGUUUAGACCAGAAGGAAAGAAACCACGCCAUGGCUAAACUUAAAACAUAUAAAUGUAGGAUACUCAUCUCUACUGAUCUUACAUCACGAGGCAUUGAUGCAGACAAAGUUAAUAUGGUGAUAAAUUUGGAUGUCCCUACGGAUCAUGAAACGUACCUUCACAGGAUUGGUAGAGCAGGAAGAUUUGGAUCAUUCGGUAUUGCUAUAUCUUUAGUAAGUGAUGGACAAGAGCGAAUGAAUCUUGAUGUUAUAGAAAAAAGAUGUAACACUCAAAUCUACUCACUACCAGACCCACUUCCUAGCGAUUUAGCAAAACCAGACAGCCCUAUCUUUCUAGAUGAUGUAGUGUCCUCAGAGGUGAUACAUACUGAGAAAACUCCCAGUGGCCAAGUCGGUCCAUUGAAAGAGAAACUGGCAAGUUCAUCCAGAUCUGCAGGAAGUUAUUCUGAUACUAGUGCUGGUAUUAAAGACAGAAAUGGGUUCACAGAUGUAGUCAAUACUGGAAAUGCAAAUGUUUUCGAAAGCAAAAUCAACAAAGGAAAUUUAGGAGAUACAAAAGUUAGCUUAAAUGAUAUAAAAGAUAAAAAUGAGAAUGACUCAAAGAAGUUUGUUAACGGUAACAGCAAUGACGGAUUAAUGAGGCAUCAGGUAGAAACUAGAACUUCAGUUGGUUAUGAGGGUGUUGAAUACUAUGAGAUGAGUGAAAAUUCAGAGUUAAAUUUAGGAGAAAUAAGAGACACUUGUAAAGAUAAGAAAUUAAGAAACACUCCAACUGAAAAAAACAGUAAUGGCAAUCUUGGAGUUAGUGGAGCCGAUUGUAAACCUGUAGACAAGGUUUAUACACUGUCAGCUGUGGACAGUAAAGGAGGGAAAGAUGGUGGUUUGACAGUAGAAGGUAACAUGCCUAAUGCUGAACUAGAGGAGGAAGUAUCUUCAGACAUGAAUGUUCCGAUAGAUAAAAUGAAUAUACCAAAUAAAUUAGAAAAUAACAUGAUGCACAAUGUUCAAAGUAGUGGUGUACAUUCACUUAAAAAUUGUAAACUUUCCACAUUAAACUUUGAAAAGGUUAAUAUAUGUAAUGUUUACAAAAACAGCAUUGGAUUUAAAAGAUUACCCAAACAUCAUUCUUACAGUACAGCUAGAGAAUCAUUGAAAAUGUUUAGGGAAAACCUUGAUACAGAUAAAGAGACAGUUGAUAAUAAAACUGAUCUCUCAAUUCCAGAAGUGCAGAGUGAUAACACAGAAAGUGAAAUGCUGCAACAUGCCAUCGCUCAGUUACAAGACUUACUAGAAAAUCGUCAGUCUGUAUAUAGCACUGAAACUUCAAGUGAAGUUGAAGUCCCUAAAGCUCUUGGUGUAAAAGUAAAUGAAGUAGACAUUAUUAGUUCAGAGGAUGAAUUUGAGGCCAAGGAAGAGAUGCUUAAUAGAAAAAAGAAUGCAUCUCCUAUACCAAAUAUAAAUGUUGCUGAGGAUUUGGAACAGAAAGGUUUUGAUAAUCAGAAGCCUGAUGAAUUUGAAGGGUCUUUGAUUUUAGAGGAAAAAUCAAAAGAAAAAGUAAAGAAAACUUUUCAAAAAGCUAGAAAGCAAAGAUUUGGUUAUCAAGGCAAUUUUGCAAUAGGUCAUCUUUUGCAACAAGAAAGGGAGCAGAAGUUGGAAACUGAAAACCCAGCAAAUGAAGGUUUAGAUCUAGGAGCUGGGGAUGUAGUUGAACUUGGUACAAAGAAAAGUGAAUCGGUUAAGACACUGGCAAUGCAAAGCUCAGAACAAGAAGGUGUACCAAACAAUAUUGAGACUAUGGUUGGAGCUAUGCCAGACAGAUUCCAAGACCUAUCUAUUUACAGUAGAAAUAUAAGCAAAUCAAACUUACCUGAAUGUCAGACACAAAAAGAUUUUUGUAAGGCAUCUUUGCCAUCUAUGGUAAAUGAGCAGAAAAGCACUUCUAGUUUUCCUUGUAGAACAGAUGCAGAUAAGAAAGUCCAUAGUGAAAAAGUGGGAGAACACAAGGUCGGAGAAGAUAGUUAUAGAGAAACCGAUUCCAGCUCUGUGUCGUCUACAACUGAUUCUGAAUCUUCAGAAGAAGACCUUGGUGCCUUACCAAAAAUAUACAAGAAAACCAGAGAAUACGCCGAUAGAGAUACCAAACAGGCGGAUAUUACGAAAAAUGAUAGAUUUACAUGUAGAACAAGGAUUGAUUCAAGGUCUGAUGACAGUGGAGUUUGUAGUAGACCAUUAUACCAGGAACAGUGGAGGCAGUGGUAUGAACAGUACGAGAACUGGCAUCAACAAAGUAUGAACAUGUGGGGUUACACAGGGAUCCAAAACAACAUACAAGAUUUGAAUAGUGAGGCAAACACACCAGACUAUGGCUACUCUGGCUACUCUGGCUGGCAGUAUCCAGCUCACUCUGUGUAUUAUCCAUACCAGAAUUACCAUCAGAGCUAUCCUUUUGAUAAUUUAAGGUAUAACAGACCUUAUUACCAGCCUCAAACUAGCUCAAACUCAACUGAAGAAAUGGCAAGUACAUUUCAGUUUCAAGAAGAGUACAUCAAGGAAAUGUCAAAAUGUAGAUCAAAGAAGAAAAUGAAGAAAUGAAAAACGUUACAUAACUGUUUAAACUAUUGAGCAGAUAAGUGACAAAUAGGGAGUCAUGAAGUGGAAACCAGGAGUGAAAUGAGAAAUCUUAAUAUUUGUAGACUUACUGUUUAAUAAAUUUCCUGCUAAUUGAGGUUUCGGUGUAUAUAAAAUUACACACAAAAAUAGUAAACAUGUCUCCUAAAAAGUUCUGAAUAUUUAUAAAAUAUUAAAGAUGUCUGUUAUAUCUUCAGUGACUAGGAGAGAUAUAUUGUUUUUGUCUUACUCAUCAGUUUGUUUGGGAGUCUCAAAAUUUUAAGUUGUUCUCUUAGCCCAGUAGGAAAAGCGCAGAUCUGUGGAUCGUGAGUUUGAUCUCGAGGCUAGGCGUAUGUUCUCCAUGAUGGUUUGGUAAAAGUAAAUUGUAUCUGAAAUCAUUCUUCCUCCACCUCUGAUUCAUGUGGGGUAGUUGGCAGUUACUUGUGGAGAACAGGUUUGUACUGGUACAGAAUCCAGGAAUACUGGUUGGGUUAAUUGCUCGCCAUUACAUAACUAAAUUACUGUUGAAAAUGGUGUUAAACCCCAAAACAAACAAAGUCUUCUAGUCAUCACAUCUUCAAAACAGCAUCUCAGAUUUUGAUAAAUUUUCACUGUAAAUGCUGUCAUCGUUGUUCACAAUAUUAAUGAUCUGGUAAAGUUAACUGUGUUUUGAUGUAUUAAAUUCUAGAUUAUUUUAUAUAGGUGUUAUCAAAUGAAAUUGUACCGCAAAGCUGAUUUCCAUUAUGUAAUAAACAAGUAUAAUGUCA